AUGCCUCUCUUCAGAAAGGAAAAACGAACUGUCCAUGGCAUCUAUCCCAGCAAACAAAGCUCUAACCUCUUCAAAGCAUCUAGCAUCAGCAUCAGUCCGGCCAAAAAGGGAAAGGCGGGCGAGGGGGUCCAGGCGUCCGUCGAUAGCGUCAUGACACCCAAUCCGAACGGGAACGGUGAACCAUUCGUUGUUGACUUUGCAAUAAUGCACGAUGAGCCAGCCUCAAACGAGCGGAGGGCUCCGCGCACGCCCGAUCGAUCAAAUGUCGAUCCCGAGGAACAUUGGUUCUCUGACGAUGAUAAUGCUGCUCCCCCUCCCCCAGACUUCGCCUCCAGGCGUGAUAUACACAUUCCCUCGAGGACAAGCUCAAGUACACCGCAAGCGGAAAGAAAACGAAUACGCAUGCAAAGACGAUUGAGUUGCGACGCAGCUUCAUUCUUCAUGCCUUCCACGCCCGAUCCCUACCAGAGUAGGACCCGUGAUGGGUCCCAAACUCCGGGUAGCAACAUUGCACCACAUACUUCAGAGUCCCCCCGUGGGCGCAGCAUAGCACCUACCACACUCCGCAGCUCGAAUGCUUCUGUCAUGUCCUACGAAUCAUCGGCACCAUCAUUUGCUACUCACGCUCUCGUCCCUCUGCAGCAGAAAGGUCUUGCGGAUGACGUCGACCGUCUUGCACCUCUCCUCGAAGACGACCCUUGCUCAUUUGACCUUGUCUCCGCCCCUGUUGACAAUGGACGGAAGCAAUUUUCACUGGAGCAGCGCUCCGAGCAACUAUUUUCCAAGCAACAUCUCCAGGCUAUUUUCAAGGACACUUCAUCUCUACUUCGAUUCACCUCAUUUCUCAGCGCUGCAAGACCACAAUCAGUUCCAGUUUUAAUCUACUAUCUUGAUGCAUUAAAAGCACUCCGAGCAAUCAGCUACGCAAACGCCGUAGCAGAAGGAUUGGACCCCAUUGAAGGGUUGGAUUUUACGCAAACAGCAGCACGACCUACCAUGAACGCAGUUUUAGAAGAGAAAGCCAACAAAGCAUUUGAUGUGCUUGUUCGGGACGAUUUGCCAGCAUUCAUCACCCACGUUUUUGUCCAGGUGGUUAGCGUCAGCAUUGCCAAGCGCGUCACAGGAGCUCUACCUCCUUUGCUCAGAGAGGCCAGCGAGGGACUUGCAGAAGUCUUCUGCCUGUCAGAUCCGUCCAGAUCUGAUAACCCCAUCAUUUUUGCAUCAGAAGAAUUCCAUCGCACUACACAAUAUGGGGUCAGCUACGCCAUUGGAAGGAACUGCCGCUUUUUGCAAGGCCCGAAGACGAACCGAAGCAGUGUCGCCCGCUUCAAGCAAGCCGCCAUCGAAGGCAAAGACCACAGUGAAGUGUUUCUAAACUAUCGCCGGGACGGCUCGCCCUUUAUGAAUCUGCUGAUGAUAGCUCCGCUGCUCGAUUCGCGCGGCAACCUCCGUUACUUCAUCGGCGCGCAAAUCGAUGUCUCAGGCCUUGUAAAAGAUGGCACAGACCUGGACGCUUUCCAGCGUAUGCUAGCGCAGCAAGACGGCAAAGAAGAGGAGGAUCCGCUGAAAGAUGAGUUUCAAGAACUCAGUGAAAUGUUCAAUCAUGUUGAGCUCGACACUGUAAGAAAGUAUGGGGGUAGCAUGCACAGGGAGCAAUUGGAGGACGGGAGACCAAACUCGUCGCAAAAGCCAAGAUUAUUGAUCCAGGAUCAAUCAACAUAUGAUGUUGACAAAGCGGAGAAGCCACCACCAAAACCCGACGGCAGACUCUCCGGGCCAUAUAAGCACUACCUCAUCGUCCGACCAGCACCUUCUCUACGGAUUCUAUUCACCUCGCCCUCCCUCCGUGUCCCUGGAAUACUUCAAUCUCGCUUCCUAGAUCGAAUUGGCGGCAGUAAUCGGGUCCGUGAAUCCCUCGGCAGCGCCCUCGCAGAUGGCUCACGCGGCGUAACCGCAAAAGUCCGUUGGCUCCCCCACGCGGUUGCAGACCUCGAGAACAGCCAAGAGGAAGGCCGGCCGCGCUGGAUCCAUUGUACGCCACUGCUCGGUUCAUCCGGAGCAGUAGGUGUAUGGAUGGUUGUCCUCGUUGAUGAAAAGGAUCACUCGCAGCCCGUACGUAGGUUCCGCCAAGCUCCCCCUGUGUCCAACGAUAUCCGGGCUCAGCGACUGCAGAGAGAUAACCGACUCGACGGCUUCGAAGAUGAUGCUGAGAGGAGUGAUUCCUUCUCCUCGCAUUGCGCUUUUGGGCCAGCCGUGUAUGGCCCUACUGUGUCCAAUGGUCACAAUGUAGCUCGCCAUCUGAAUGUAGAUGCCCUACGCCGGCCAUCUAGUCCUCGGUAUGCUCCGCAAUCGCCCGUGUAUGAGAGAGGUUCGAUGAAAUCUGCAAGUUCGUCGAUGAAAGAGAACGUGCUUCAACGCGAGCGCAGUGCGGAUUCUUUUGCUAUUUAG